AUGAAUGACUUGGCGGAGAUCUUACUUGGGUUAUUCGUUCCCUGGGGCCAGCUGCCAGCGCUUUUUCAAAAGCACGCCAAUGCUGUGCCGACGAAACGCGAUGCUUGCUCCCGAAUAUGGAAAACUGUAGAGCCAGCACUCGUGUCGCAUCUCCGAACGUUUGCAGCGAAUGUUGAACUCCUACGCAAGUCCAGAGAAGACAGUUACGCUGACGCAAAGCUUCGACAAGCACCCAUCCCAGUUGAUAGCUUAUUCGACCGCGAUAUUGAUGAGCUCGAAAUCGACAAUGUUGAUUCUGAUUCUGACGACUCCUUUAUGAAUCUGGAUGAUGUGUUAGCAUCGAGACUCUAA